AUGAGCUCUUUGCGUCCCCGAUGGGGCGCCAUACGGUCCUUCCUCGCUCUCGCUCCUGUGAUCAUUGUAGUGCCAUGGAUUGCGAUGAAACACCAAUAUGCAUUGCCGGCGCCAAACAUUGACCAAAUAAACCCAGUCACGUCUCUUCCCCAAAUAUCUGAGGCUACCAUUCUCAGUUAUGCAAAAUAUUUGUCCGAAGAUAUCGGGUAUCGUACACCGGGUACCUAUGAACAUGCAUUGGCCGAUAAGUGGAUGGUUGACAAGGCUACUGAGCUGAAGGAUGAAUGUGAUAGGAUUGUCAAAGAGUACCCUGAGAGAAAUUUGGAGUGCGAAGUGUGGAGACAACAAGGCAGUGGAAGUCAUCGUUUCGAUAUGAUGAAUAAACGACUGUAUAAGCAUUAUGUGGAUCUUUCCAACAUCAUUGUACGCGUUUCAGACGGGACACUGGCAGGCAAAGAGCACGCCGUACUUGUCAAUUCUCACCUGGAUAGUACUUUACCCAGCCCAGGCGCAGCUGACGAUGCGCUAGCUGUUGGUGUGAUGACAGAGUGUUUGAGAGUCUUGAUAGAAACGCCAAACUGGUCACCGAGACAUGCUAUCAUAUUCUUGUUCAAUAAUGCUGAGGAAUCGUUACAAGAUGGCUCUCACCUUUAUUCUACACAGCAUCCUACUGCAUCCACGGUACGGGCAGUCGUUAAUUUAGAAGCUGCUGGAACCACAGGACGUGAAUUAUUAUUCCAAGCAACUUCUGAACAAAUGAUUGAAGCAUACUCUCAUGUGCCAAGUGCUUCCGCAUUCGUCUUCUUCUGGCAUCAUCCUAUCCGAGUUAGUCUUUCUUCCCUUGAUUUGUCUACUAGCGUUAAACCCAAUCUUGACAGUACCGAUUUUCGACAAUUUGAACAUUAUUUGAAUGUCACAGGGCUGGAUAUGGCUGUCGUAGGGAACAGCUAUCUCUAUCAUAUGCGCAAAGAUCUGGUUGAGAACAUUCAGCCAGGGGUAGCUCAGCACAUGGCCGAGAACACUCUCGCAUUGUUGCAAUAUCUCUCAUCCACGGAAUCUCCUUUGCCGUCGUUGACAGCCGGUUACAGUCGUCCCACUACUGUGUUCUUCUCGCACAUGGGCUUCUUUUUUGUUUACUCUUUCCAGACGGCACGGUUACUAUAUUCGUUGUUAUUCGUCUCAUCAGUAAUACUCGUUCAAGCGAUAUCCGUAGAUCAUGCCCCUGCACUAAGGAAAGGUCGAGGUGUCUUCGGGGAACAUGUUAGAGGAAUAUUCGCCGUAGGCGCAGCCGUCCUGGGUGCAAUCAUAGCAUCCAACAUGCUUGCCCUCUUCAUGCAAUUUGUGCUAGGUAAAGGCAUGAGUUGGUUCACAAAUGAGCUUGCGCCUCUAGUAUUAUAUGGACCAGCGGCAUUUAGUGGUGAGAUUUCAAGUUGCUUCGUUGUCAUGAAUCCUGGAAUUGAACUGCCUCGAGGUGCUCUCAUUUCGCAGCUAUUUUUCGGCCGGAUACAUGAGAAGACUGUUUUCACCUCGCUACUUCUAUUGCAGUCUUUCCUUGCUGCGGUACUACAACUUGCAGGCGUUGGCUCCAGCGCAAUGUUUUUCCUGUCAGGUCUUUCGGUAUUCUCUGCUCUGCUAGUCAACACAGUAAUAUCUCGAGGAGACAAUAUUUCUCUGUGGACAUAUGCAUGUGGUCAACUAAUCCCUCUAUUGACUGGGACUCAGCUUACCGCUGCUACAUUGGAUGUCUUUGUCCCUUUGACUGGCCGUAUCGGAAGAGAAGCUCCAGCUGAACAUAUCAUUGCUACCAUAGUGGCAGCUAUGACAUGUUAUACGCUUCCACUAUCGUUAUCUUUUGCACAUCGAUUUGGCCAGCGCACGUUGACUCGGAUCUUGAAACUUCUUGUUCUUGCUACUGGUGUCUCGAUGGCUAUUUUUUCUAUGAAGUCUCCAUUUGAUUCCAUGCAUCAGAAGCGAUUAUUUGUACUUCACCUGGAAAAUCUGAACACACAAGAGCAACAUCUCCAUAUAGCUGCAGCUGACGGUGCUCCUGGGUUUGGAGAACUGGUGGCUGACAUUGCACUGCAGUUCGGCGGUCCUGGAGCAUCUGCAGCCGCCGUCAUCAUGGAUGAUAAUAACAGCGACUGGGACACCCUAUACCCGUUCUCGGCCUUCCUGUCUCCACAUAAGAUUGGUUUGCCCUUAGAUCCUUCAUACAUGACAUCGUUGCCUGCUGAAGACAAGUUCACUGUCACUGCUAUCAACCAUAGCAUAGAUGAAACUGCAGGCACCAGGACUCUCACCCUGGCCAUCGACCAUCCUGGUAUCAUUUGGACAGUGGUUGCUUUUGACGCUCAUGUUUUGAAGUGGACUUUGGAUGAUCACCCGCCUGACGAAUUCGCUAGGCACCAUAUCAAGGAAGCGUCAUUCUAUGGAACUGAUACAUGGACGGUGGAAAUGACUAUCAAACUUCCGGACGGUUCUUCUACGAUGGAUGAAACCGGCCUGAAAGUCAACUUCAUCGGAAUUCAGGAGAAGAGAAUGUGGCCCGCAAAGAAAGCCAUCAAGGCUGAAGGUGGGCGCGCGAUGAAACUUUUUGAAGAGUUCGAUGAGUGGCUGGACUCAAAAACCGGGGGUACUGUAGACGCCCUUCUCCUUGGCUGUGUUAGUGGUGAAACGGUCGUGUGA